AUGUCACUAGAAUUCGUGUACAGUGAAAAAGGAAAAAGAAAAUUAAUUGACUCAGGUCACUUGUUCGUAAAAGAUGCGGUUACAGAAGAAAAAACUUUCUGGAAAUGUGAUCAAUAUCAAAAUCUUGUAUGUCGGGCACGUUUGCAUACUCGUCAUGACAAAAUUGUAAAGAGAGUCGGUGAACAUAACCACGCAGGAAAUGCUGCUCGGGUCGAAGUUGUUAAGGUUGUGAAUCAAAUGAAAAAUGAUGCUAGGGAAACGCAGGAUGUUCCUCAACGAAUUAUCACCAAUUCUUUUAUUGGCCUUUCUCAGGCGGCUUCUGGCCUAAUGCCAAAUAUUUCUAUACUUAAAAAGACUAUUCGAAAUACCAGGCGUCUUGCUGAUCGUGCACCACCGAAUCCAAAUUCUUUGGUGGACCUAGUCAUCCCUAAUGACUAUCAAAUUACACACCAUGAUGAUCAAUUUCUUAUGUUUGAUAGCAAUGAUGGGUGGCACAGAGCCUUUAGUGAGCUAAUUGGAGCUAGCCAUCCAACAGUAUGGAAAUUCAUUUCAUCCUUGAAAGACGAACAAGCUUUAAAUGAAGGAAAAAUAGAACAGUAUGUUGCUGGUGCCAAUCCGCCUCCAAGCAAAAAGAAAAGGUUAAGGAUAGAAAAGUCCUCAAACUACGUAUUUAUAAUCUACAACAUUAAUGGGGUGUGUAAGAUCAUUUUCCCCCACCACUUAAUAUCUCCAAAUUACGACGAGUCAGCAACUGCUGCUUAUUUCUCUUCAGAUCAUAUUUUUCACGUUCAAAAUGCAAAAAAAGUUACCAGCUUGUCUAAAAACCAAUUAAUUUUGAAAACUAGACAAGAACAAAGUAGGAGCUUCGCUCUCCUGUUGCCCAGGACUCCACACCCUCACAACUGGCACUGA